GGCGCAGUAGAAUUACUUUUAUUAUUACGAAAUAAACGUUUUUUUUUUUAUUUUAUUUUCGCUAGCUAUUACAUUUUAUUUUAACUUACAACAACUCGCGAAUAUACACAAGUCACUCCAUAUCUUUUAGUAUAUACAUAUGGUAAAAGUUUUACUUUUAAUAGAAUUAUACAGUCAAGAGACAACGUUAUAUAAAUACCCCCACUACGUAAUAUACAACCUAGCAGUUAUAUAAGAGUUUUUUCUUUUCCCUACUGUCGCCUAAAUAUACCAUUUACCAUUUACAUUUACAUUUACAUAAUUUUUACUAUCCUUUAUUAUCAUAUACAUUAUACACUAUACAUAUGUCUUCCGAAAAAUUUUUUCCUUCGGAUAAAAAAUUAUCGAAAACUCCCUUACAGGUGUCCCUGAAAAAAUUUCACGUGAUCAAACCAAAUCGAUCAGAAAAACGCUUUAUUCGCGCUUGUCGACGUGUUCUUAAUAAAGCAAAAGGAGAUGAUCACCAAGCCAUUUUAGCAACUGCUAGAAAAAACAAGAUUAUACCAAAACCUCCUGACACUACUGAACCAUAUAACCCUAUUCCUAACAUGUUUAUCCCUGAAAAAUAUCGUGAUAUUAUACCUAAAGAUCCCAUUUACAUUGACGAUCGCUUUAUUACUCCAGGAUCUCGUGAAUGGUUUACAUAUAUGUAUAAUUUGGAGAAAUCUAUCAGAGAACAAGAGAUUCAAGACUUUAAUGAAAGAGUACAUCGUGAAGUGGAACAAGCGUUCAAGAGAACGCGUAUAGAAAAACAAGCUUCAAGGGAGCAAGCGAAAGAAGAACGCAAAUAA